CUCCAACCAGAGAAUACAAACUUCACAAAUUCACACCACUGUAAUUCUCUCUCUCUCUCUCAAAUGUCUGAACAAGAAAAACUACACAAAAAUGGCUUCCCCUCCCAACCUCUCGCCGAUUUCGAUCCUCCAACUAAACCCAAAAGAAACAAUUAUGCCUUCGCCUGCGCCAUCUUAGCUUCAAUGACUUCCAUUUUACUUGGCUAUGACAUUGGAGUGAUGAGUGGAGCUGGGAUCUACAUACAAAAAGACCUUAAGAUCACCGACACUAAAUUGGAAAUUCUCAUGGGUAUUCUCAACGUUUACUCUCUUUUAGGUUCAGCUGCUGCCGGAAAAACUUCCGAUUGGAUUGGUCGCCGUUAUACUAUAGUUUUUGCCGCCGGAAUCUUCUUUGCCGGUGCUCUGUUAAUGGGUUUUGCUCCAAAUUAUUGGUUUCUUAUGGGCGGAAGAUUUGUCGCCGGAAUUGGAGUUGGGUAUGCUCUUAUGAUUGCUCCGGUUUAUACUGCCGAAGUUUCGCCGGCGUCUUCCCGGGGAUUUCUUACUUCUUUCCCUGAAGUGUUUAUUAACUCCGGUAUAUUAUUAGGCUAUGUAUCAAAUUUCGCCUUCUCCAAAAUGCCCCUACACUUAGGAUGGCGUUUCAUGCUCGGCAUCGGAGCGAUUCCGGCCAUAUUUCUCGCUUUAGGCGUUCUCGCCAUGCCGGAAUCUCCCCGAUGGCUAGUAUUACAAGGCCGUCUCGGCGAAGCCAAAAAAGUCCUCGACCGUACCUCCGAUUCCCCCGAAGAAUCAAAACUCCGAUUAUCCGAAAUCAAACUCGCCGCCGGCAUCCCCCAAGAUUGCACCGACGACAUCGUUGAAAUGCCUAAGCGUCGUCGCGGCGACGGCGUUUGGCGCGAACUAUUAGUCCAUCCAACACCGACAGUCCGUCAUAUCUUACUUUGCGGUGUCGGAAUUCAUUUCUUCCAACAAACGUCAGGUAUAGACGCCGUCGUAUUAUACAGUCCGAAAAUUUUCGAAAAAGCAGGGAUUACUAGUGACGAUAAAAAACUAUUAGCGACGGUUGCUGUAGGAAUUGUGAAAACUGUGUUUAUUUUAAUACCAACUUUUUUUCUCGAUCGAGUUGGGAGAAGACCGUUUCUAUUAACAAGUAUGGCGAUGAUGGUUUUUUCAUUGGGUAGUUUAGCUACAUGGAUGACUGUAAUUGAACAUUCGAAAGAGAAGCUUCCAUUUGCGAUUGUGCUCGCGAUUAUGUCGGUUUUAGCUUAUGUUGCGACUUUUUCGAUUGGAAUGGGUCCGAUUACUUGGGUUUAUAGCUCGGAGAUUUUCCCGUUAAGGUUGCGGGCUCAGGGGACUAGUAUGGGGGUUGCCGUGAAUCGUUUAAUGAGCGGUUUGAUAUCCAUGACGUUUCUUUCUUUAGGGAAUGCGAUUACGAUUGGGGGCGGUUUUUAUUUGUAUAUGGGAGUGGCAAUGAUUGGUUGGGUGUUUUUCUAUACUUUGUUGCCGGAAACGCAAGGGAGGACAUUGGAAGAAAUGCAAAGUUUAUUUGGAACUUUUUUUAAUUGGAGAACUACUAAGAAGGAAUUUGAGAAGAAUAAAGAAUCCCAAGUGCAAAUGGGGAAUAAAGGUGCCGCCGGCGGCGGCAACGGCGCCUCCGCCGCGGUGAUGUAGGUCAAGGGUAUAUUGGUAUUAGGGUUUAGGGUAUAUUUGAUAUUUUGAGGUGGUAUGGAAAAAGUGGUGUCUAAUAUAGGUGACAAAGUGUGGAAGGUAUUGUAAUGAAUAAUAAUGUGUUAUAAAAAUUGAAGGAAAUUAUUGUUUUACAUAUUUAGCUUUUGAAAGAUUA